GCAGCCCCGCCGUCAAUAUAAAGGCAGCAGGAAGUCAGGGUCCAGUUGAUGACACAGAAACAAACGUGCACGCGCGAGCAGCUGCUGUCGAGUCGCUUUAAACCGUGAAGAGAUGCAGUGUCAGUCCAGGUCACAGAAACACAACUAGGUUCACAUGGGAUCCCACUGACACAAGAGAGCCUGUUUUUUAAAAGUCACAACAAGUCGACAUGUCUCCUCGAGGGCCGUUAGCUGCCGUGGUCACCACGCUGCUCGGGGCGGCCCUGGGGGGGCUGCUCAUAUGGAGAGUUUACCGAACCAAGAGGAAGAGGCUGCCUUCCGUCCAGAAGGCGGCUGAUCCCCUGGAGGCUCCUCGCCCGGUGGAGACGGAAGUCGUCUUUGUCGCCGAGUGUCGAUGCAACCAACCACAGAACAUCGAGGAGAAGGAGUUCAAGGCCGUGGAGUGUCAGACCACACAACCGCCGCCUCCUGUGCGCAUCCCGUCAGAGGACCUGCUGGGGGUGAAACCAGUCAUGGUGAGCUCUGAAGAGGAAUGGGAGCAGCUGUGGCCACGGAUGCAGAAGGAGCUGUCGGUGUUCCCUGUUCUCGGGCUCGACUGUGAAUGGGUCUCGGUGAAGGGCCAGACCUCGGCGGUGUCCCUGCUGCAGAUGGCCUCGUAUUCAGGUCUGUGCGUCCUGGUGAGGCUGCUGCCGUUCCGCAGCGGUCAGCAGAACUUCCCUCUCAGCUUCAUGGAAGUCCUCAGAGACCCACACAUACUGAAAGUGGGCGUCGGCUGCUAUGAAGAUGGCAAACGCCUGACGCGUGACUACGGCCUCUCGGUGACCUGCACGGUCGACCUGCGCUACCUGGCCUUGAGACAGAGGUACAGCUGGGGGGGGAUGUUGACUAAUGGGCUCAGUCUGAAGUCGCUGGCUGCAGAUCUGCUGAACGUUUCUCUGGAUAAAUCUCUGGAGCUGCGCUGCAGUGACUGGGAGGCAGAUCAACUGACCCUGGAGCAGAUGACUUAUGCUGCCAGAGAUGCUCAAGUCUCCAUCGCCCUCUUCCUCCAUCUCCUCGGCCUCCGCUCUGAAGCCGGACCCGCCUCAUCCAGCGGGAGCUCCUACUCCGAGUUGGCGUCCCGCUGCCAGGGCCUGGUGGACGUGGCCUUCAGGGGCCGAGGAGACGGAGACGACAGGGCAGCAGAUAAAGAGAAGAGGCGGAGGACGCGGAAACCUCCCACUUAUGAAAGCCCAGAGCCUGGAGAUCAGCAAGUCCCAGACCCUCGAAGGAACAACAAGAGGAAACCGCUGGGUGUGGGAUAUUCCGCCAGGAAGUCUCCUCUCUAUGAUAACUGCUUCCUCUACGCUCCCGACGGUCAGCCUCUGUGCACCUGCGACAAGAAGAAAGCCAAGUGGUACCUGGAUAAAGGAAUAGGAGUGCUUCAGAGCGAGGAUCCCUUUGUGGUGAAGCUGCUGUUUGAGCCGUCGGGACGUCCUGACUCCCAGCAGGACUACUACCUGACCGCCAAGGAGAACCUGUGUGUCGUCUGUGGGAAAGCUGAUUCCUACAUCAGGAAAAACAUCGUCCCACACGAGUACCGGCGACACUUCCCCACCGAGAUGAAGGACCACAACUCCCACGACAUCCUGCUGCUCUGCACCAGCUGCCACGCCGCCUCCAACGUGCACGACGGCUUCCUGAAGCAGCAGCUGGCUGAAGACUUCGGCGCCCCUCAGGGCUGCGAGGAGGGCGUUCGCCUGCUGGAGGACUCAGACCGCCGGCGGGUGCGGUCGGCCGCUCGGGCUCUGCUCACCGCGGGGGACGGGCUGCCGGAGCAGCGGCGAGACGAGCUGCAGCUUCUGAUCCGAGGCUUCCUCAACAUGAACGAGAGGCAGGAGCUGAGUGAGGAGGCGGUGCAGCACGCCGCCGGUCUGGAGACCAGGAUCUUCAACGAGGCGUACGUGCCUCACGGCCUGAAGCUGGUGCAGGCUCACGCCGGGCUGGGCCUCCAGGGCCUCAUGGACCUGGAGCGUCGCUGGAGGCAGCACUUCCUCACCAGCAUGCAGCCCCGCCACCUCCCCCCCCUCUGGUCUGUCGACCACAACCACAGCAAGUUCCUCCGCAAGUACGGAAAGGACCUGCCCAUCAAACUCAACUGAGGGUCGCUCAGCGGCCCGGGACGGGGGGGAACUGGUUCUUCUUCUCAUCUGCUGGUCAGAGUGGUCGGAUGGUUUUGAAGCUUCCGCAGCCACUUUGUGAAUCUUACAAGCCAAAGAGCUUCUUGAGUGAGUGGAGGGAUUUCGUAGAGAUGCCAAACCUCCACCAGCACGUGGCGUCUGUCCACCUGAUCCGAGUGUGUGAGUGAACACACUCGACCUGUGGAGGGCGCUGGAGUUUACCUGAGAACCAGAUGUGGAGCCUGAAUGAACUCGAGCAGAGAAACCAGCUCCGAACCCGAUGAACACUAACUGUGCACCUGGUCCACGUCGUGUAUCUGCAUAAGGACACUUUUUUUUUUUUUAAAUCAUAAAAGAUGUUUAAUGAUUAUUUAUGAAUAUAACUACUGCCCCCCCCCCCCCCUUGCAGGUGAGCAGCUUAUAACCUCAAUCAGUCUGUGAUUCUUUGCUUAGUAGAGAGAGGGUCAGUUUAAAUACUUAGCGAUGUGCUGCUGUCUCAGUCUGUUGUCUGUUUUAAGUCGAUGGAUGAAGGAUGAAGUUUCCCAGAGAACUUGAAAUCAGAUGUAAUUCUUUUUUCACUCUGCAGGGGGACAUGAAUCCCAGCAGAGAAAACAUGGAUCAUUUAACCUUGUGAUGUUUUGUGCUCCUGCUGCUGAUUCUCCUGAAGGUCGGGGGCGACUCCCUGGCUCAUGUUUUAAUGAGCCUCUUAACCCCCGAACCUGAACCCUGAAUCUACAGCAGUUUCACCCCCCCGGUGUAAUUUUCCAGAAUCCAAAACUUUAC